UCAAUUAAACUCUCAGCUUGUAUUUUCAAUGCCGUACAGCAAGAUGGCUACCACCACUCCUUAAAUUAGCCUCUUGUACGGAAACGUGGCGGUACCCUUCAUUUCUCUUUUCCCAGAGUUCCUUUAGCAAUUACCCGAUUUCCGGCUUCAAGAUGGCGGCAGGGCGCUCUUUGGUGCAGUAUGUGGUUCUAAGAGGCGACUUGUUACGCGAACCUUUCUCGUGGCCAUUGGGGGCCUUGGUAGCUCAGGCCUGCCACGCGGCCUUGGCCGUGGUCCAUGCGCACUAUGAGCACCCAGAUACCGCGGCUUAUCUAGCCCAGGAUGGCAGCAUGAGGACCGUGGUGCUGGAGGCUCCAGAUGAGUGUGCCUUGAGUACAUUAGCAAAGACGCUCCAGCAGAAUGGCAUUGAUUAUAAAGUCUGGAUAGAACAACCAGAAAACAUAGCUACUUGCAUUGCCCUCCGCCCCUACCUGAAAGAGCAUGUACAUCGUCACCUAAAGAAUUUCAAACUCUUGAAAUGAUCUUUUUCUUCUGUAGUCAUGAACAUGGUUCACCAGACAAAACUAUUCUUCACUUGGUUUUUGUGGUGAACAGGCUCCCUUUGCAAUAUAAUAGGACCAUUGUAAGAUGUAAGAAUUUACUUCAAAGUAUUUUAUAAAGAUGCUUAAAUAAUAAUGGAUUCACAUCAUGUGGAGGCAAGGAAUCUCAUGUUCUGGCAUGACAGCUUUCUCAGUUUAAGAGGAAACUUUGGGCACCUUAAUGUUGUUAAAGAGGGGAUUCAGGGUAUUAUCAUUGUUCCCAUCCCUUUGGGAUUUGAUUAUUUAUCCUAACAGAUUUAUAUUAGGGAAAUCAUAUUCUGGGUAGCAAAAUAUUCUGGUUUCUUCUAUCUGCACCAAUAGUACUAUAGUAGUAGUACAUAGAUGCAGAAAUGUAUACAACAUUACAAGAACCCUGCUGAGCUUCUAGAAAGCUUUUGGCAAAAUCUUGCUAAAGACAAAAUAUUCAUGAAUAAAGAAGAUGGGGCCUCUUAUGACUAAGUUACUCUGUUAUGGGUGUAAGAAAACAGUUGUUUCAAUAAUCUGUUUUGAGACCUGCAUUUUUAAAUUUAUUCACAAUGGGUUGAGCAGUCAUAACAUCAGGAUGAUAGAAAUGAAAAGGAAUUUCAAAGAGCUCCAAAGAGACAUCUCUAUUUUGUGUGAAUGUGUGACAGAAUGUUAUGUGUGGUUCAAUUUAGCAAGGUAUGAAGAAGUAAUAGGCAAAAGUGCUAUCCACUGAAGCUGAACAAUGGGAUAUCCAGGGUAGGCAGAAGGAAGAAUUUCUUUACAUGAUACAUAGUAGAAGUAUGGAAUUCUCUUUCACAAACUUCUGAUGAUGGUCUUCAACUAACAAGUCUAAUUUUGGAAAGGAAUUAGACAAAUUCAUAGAGAAUCUAUGUUGUAUACAUUUCAUAUCAGGCUAUGUUUGCAUGGCAUGUUUGACCAUAAUUAAGUCAUAAUUUAAUCAGUUAAUUUAUAUAUUUGCACUGGCCCAUAAAACCAGAUGGGCUUCAUUCAAUAUACUAGGCUAAAACAUGGCUGGGUACCAUUCAUUAUUCAAUCUGUUACACAAAUGCAGCCAAUGGCCUCAGUUCGUAACAGCUGUAUGCUGCUGCCAGGAUCAUAGUGACAUAAUUUGUAAAUAUCAGUUGCUGGGAAGCAAUAGGAAAAAAAUCUAUUAUCCUCUAAGUCUUGCUUGUGUCUUAGUCUUCAUUUUGAUUGGCCAUUAUGGGAAGAAUGAUGGUGGAUUGGUAAAUUUGCAGUCUAAUCCAAUAUUACUGUUCUAGAUCAGACCAGGAAUCUGUCUAAAUUAUCUGGCUGGUAAUGGCUUCUUCUGGAUACUUGUAAGGAAGACAGUUACCAUACUGAAUUGCUCCUUUGACAUGUAGACUGUAUUUUCACAACUCAUUGGAUCACAAACUAGUGAACUAUAGUACAUUUUAGCCUAAUGUAUGAGAAGCAGAAGCUUAAGUAUCUAGUCCUUUCUACUCUGAAGCAGAACAAUAUUUUCUGCAAAAACAUUAAAGGCAUGCAAUUUAUUUAAGACAGUUCUUUUGAUUUUUUUUGAUACUCUAUAUCCCAGUGGAUGUAUUGAAUAAUCCAGUGUAAAAAUUCUAUACUGAAAUCACAGUCUGUCUGUGUUGCAAUAUUUGAGAAUUACCCAUGCUAUCUUAUUAGCCUUCUGCUGAAAAGGUUAUGGCUUUAUUAUGGCUAUAGUUUGGGACUGCUUUCACAGCCACUCAGCAGCACCUGGAUUGCCUAGUCAAAGGCUGAAAAGCAGUUAGUUAGGUAUGUGUGUACUCUUGGACAAAUUAAACCAAUUGAAGUGAUAA